AUGGCUUCCUCACAUCCAGGCAGUGCACAGAGCCGAACGAGUUCUCUGGGAUCUGCAGGAUCUCGAGGUUCAAGAACACCACCUUCUAGUGCCGGGAAACAAACUGCUAGCAGGGGCAACAACUCAGCUGGUGAUAGCAAACCCUCAAACUCAGGGAAACACGAAAAGCCUUCAGACAGACUGAAUCCCAAGACGAUAGACCCGUUUUCUAAUACAAAGAAAGUGCAGUCAGCUUUUGCUUCAGUUUAUGCUAAUGGGGGAGUGCCAUGCAGGUUAGUUCAUGGCAGUGUUAAACAUAAGCUGGCCUGGGACACACCACCUGAACAAGUGACCUUUGAUCCAGUCUUGGUCACCUUGGCAGAGGGCUUGAAAGAAACUGUCCAUCCAUAUACAUUUGUUUCCUGUAUGGGGUUUAGAGAGUUGCUGAGCACACUGGGAGCAUCACAGAAAGCCACACCACUUCUUCCCAAACUGGCUCCACCAAUCAGAGCAGCUCUAGGACAUGCAGAUAGUGCUGUGUUUGAGAGAAGCUUGGAAGGUCUGCUGCAGCUGAGUUCUGUUGUUGGACCUGCUCUGAACCCAUACUUGAAGACCCUGCUGAUGGCUCUUUCAAAGAGAAUUAUGGAGAAAAAGUACAAAGAGAAAGUGACAGAAGCAUUGCAACAACUUGAGCAAAAUGGAGGACAGGAAGCCUUGCCUAUAAUCAAAUCCAAGGUGCCAACUUACUGCUCAGUAUUUGGCUGA